AUGAUUUGGUACCUUCUGUACCCGUUGCGUGGGACGACCGAGCCACCACGGCUAUCUCCCUCGCACCCUCUGCGCCGGGCUUUCCAGGCACAUGGCACUGCUACCGCGCGGCAUUGGCUGCUCUCGCUCGUCCUGACCAUCACCAUCUCGGUGUUGCUCUGCUACCAAGCUGUGUUUCAGGCCGAUAGCCCCGCCGCGGCCUCACUGCGGAACCUGCCCAAGCAUGUCUGGACUUCGACGACGGAGAUUGAAGGCGACCGCCCUGCCGAUGUGGUGGUGCGCCAGGUUUGGGUGCAUGGCGACUACAUGAAGGCGAUAGAGUUGCCUGUCUUGCGCGAAGCCAUGCACGUGCAGGACGCUCUCAUUGGCAGCGGCUUCGGGGAUAGGGAGGAGGCUGCACAAACAAUUGCUGCACGCGACAGCCCGGGCUGUCUUACGGCAGCAGCGGGCCAGAAGUGGGGAUAUCACUCGCCGUUGAUGUACUGGGACUGCUCGCUGAGUGCUCUCGAGAGCGACCAAAACCUCCUGAACUCCAUCAAUUCGCGGGCGACGGCACAUUCAGCUCUCAACCUGACUCUUCGGCCAAGCAGCUUGUUCGCAGGCAAGAAGUUUUACAACACCAAGCUGCGCGCAGCUGAUGCUCUUGUCUUCACCGUAUUCGACCAGACCAAUGAUGGCUUGGGAGAUGUAUGGGACGCGAGAUCCCGCCUGCUGGCUGAGAGAAUAUCGCCGAACUGGACAGUCUUUCCUGAGAGUGGCCAUGUCACCAACAGUCGGCUUUACGAAUUCCACUUCCGACCAAUGACCCUUAUCGACGACCUAAUUUUGGCCGCUUCCUACAUUGUAACAGCAGCAUAUGUCAUCUUGAAGAUGAUGCAGUUGCGCGCUGUCAAGAGUUGGUUCGGCUUACUUGUAACGAUAUGCGCAAAAUUUUUUGUUUCGGGCUUGGGAAUAUGUACAUUUCGUCUUAUCAACGUUGUCCUAGAAACACCACCGGAGAUGCCUCCACAUCAGCGCAUCGGGAAUGCGCUGGGCGAGGUUGGUCACCUAUCGCUUGCCGUUGCUUUCCAAAAUCUUGCCCUGUUAUAUUUCUGCUCUCGGCUCGUCAGUCCCUGGGUCGCCGACUUCUGCGUCUUUGCAGCAGUCACACUAGUUUUCGAUUUUGUAUACCACCUCACAUUCUUUGUCGCUGUUUUGAGUGUGGACGUCCAGAGAAUGGAGCUUUCAGAUUCCCUGGAUCGCGUGGGUCUCAACCAAAAGACUAAAAAGACCCAACCGGAGCGCCAAACUUGGCUCGCUGCGUUACGCGAAGGUACUUUACCGCUGAGCACACGAUUUGCUGGUAGUGCAGCCAUCUUUUCCAUCAUAUUGGCCAUCAAUUGGCACUUCUUCGACACGAAUGACACAUCGCUAUCGCUUCAAUCACUCCGUCGAAAGUUCGUGUCGAAAAUCAAAAAGCGUAGCGUGGAGAGGACAUGGAGUCCACCUCCCAUCAAUCAAGCCAGGACACCAGCAGAUUGGCUUCGAAUUCAAGAUCACAAUACCGCUCGGGAGCUGUUCGGGUUUAUUAAACCCGGAGCACACAGCUUCGUCGCUCGUAUUUACGACCCCCUUCUUGUGGUUUCCAAAGGAGCGUACGGCAGAGACCAGCCUCAACCGCCAACAUCUCUCAGGGAUGGCUUUCUGCGGUUUGCACAGGGUCACGCGUUUCCUGCGGCACUUAUUGUCGUCUUCCUCAUCGCCGGUGUCACUCUCUUCAUGAACUAUCUUCUUUGGACUGGGCUUCCUGAGACCAUGGAUGAUACAAAAGAUGAAGAGCCAAUAUUUUCAGUCAAGACACUGUCGACGCCGCAGACUCUCGAUAUCGUGCGCCUUGUGUCUUGUCCCAAAGGCCAUCUGAGUAGCGUCUCCCUGGAUCGUUCCACAUCAGUGUGGCUGAAUGGUCGCCGCGGAUACAUGCACACACUAUUGCAAACAGCCAAGAUUAACCCAAAGCUAUGGCCUAUCCAGGCUACUGCUAUGGACGACAAUGGCAAGUACCUCGCACUAUGCACGGACACCGGCCAGAUCGGCUUGUGGAGUAUCAGCGCCUCACGCUUUACACAUUUUACCAAGGUCGACACUCGCGGACAUUCCCCCAUCAUGUUCUCCUUUGUCGGCGUUUGGCGCGGAGAGACCGAAGAAUCACACAUGAUCGUCCUAACUCCCGACGGCCUCCUGACGGAAUGGGACCUGUCUUCAGAUACACAGUGGACCAAGCGGGUCUGCGCAAACACAAUCAUGUGUGCGACACUCUACAAACCACUCAAAGGGGCCACAAGCAUUGUGUUUGUCACGAAGCCAGGAGAAGUCCACAUCUCCUCACUGGUGGUGGAUGGAAGUCCGGCGUCUGAAGUCGUUGCUGGGCUAGAUCCAGGGCCACCCCCUGGCAGCAAUCCUGCAAAGAUCAAGUGUAUUCAAGCAGUCCCAAGUCUAGGACUGAUCUUCGCACUUCGCGAUGAAGAAGCAGAGAUAUUCGACUUCAGCAGCAGGGCCCUCAUACAUUCUUUCCAGAUCGGACACGUCAAGCCUCAUUCUUUUCGAGUACUGCAUGCAUCUCGCCGGUCUUGUCGUUGUGGAAGUCCCACAGUGCACUCGCUCUCCGUCGCUUACUCAGAGCAAUAUACCGAACACAUGAUUAUGCAGACUUUUACCCUCGACGACUGCUCAACGUCACAACUCUGCUUGGGGAAGCCAUCAGACAGAGAAAAAUUCAAGUGCAAAGGCCUGGACUGUGCAGUCGAGGCGGUUCAGUAUGUGGAACCCGCUGGUGUCUGGGAGUCGAUAAGCACGUCCAGCGUCAUCGGUAUCAGGAGGAAUAAUCCAUCACCAACGCCAUCAUCGACCGCAUCGGGCGUCGAGGAUAGCCAUUAUACAGCCGACCCUGUAGUUCUUGCAUCUGCGCUGAAGCAACGAGCUAGAAAACAAAGCGUCCCCAACCUCCCCAACAGAUUUGGUGACCGCACAUCAACACACCCUCUCAACAGCGAUUCGGAUGCUUGGGAAGCUUGGACACUAUCAUCAACAGGCGAAUUCCGAUCAAGACCACUUUGUCCCGAUGAUCCUGAAGACCUCAUCGCUGCCUUCCAAGAUGAUCUCUUCGUCGCGUCUCCUGGGCCCAUGACGCCACUUGGUAAGAGAAGUGUCGCCGUCGGCUUUGGCAACACCGUCAAAAUCAUCUCGCUCGGGAAAGAGGUAUUCCAAGGCCUAACGACCGUCGAGAACGGGUCACUGGAAAACGGAUUUGGAUCGUACAGUGGGCGAACGCGGAGAGGCGUUCCGCGCAAAAUACAGUAG